UUGUCAAAGAAUCACUUUUACUCCAUAUAUUUCUUUGCAUUAUUUUCUUCGGUCUACAAUCUGUUCCAAGCAGACAAGUGUUGUCUGACAAGUCGAUCAGUCGUGUAAAAAUUAAGUGUUCUUAACACUCGCUAAAUCAGUGUACUUAUUUAAGUUAUUUCAUCGUUCAUAAAUGCCAGUCAUGAAUAACAUGGAAGAAUUGUGCUCUAUACUCGCGAAAACGCGUGAUCCAUCAGCGCAAAAAGAACAGGAUGAGAUUCUGUUGCAGCCUUUCGCCUACAUACAACAGAUACCAGGCAAACAAUUUCGCUCUGAAUUGGCCUUGGCAUUCAAUCAUUGGCUAAAUAUUCCGGCUGAGAAAUUACACCAGAUUGGCGAAAUAGUGCAAAUGCUGCACAAUUCCAGUUUAUUAAUUGAUGAUAUUGAAGACAAUUCAAUACUUCGCAGAGGUGUUCCCGUAGCGCAUUCGAUUUACGGAGUGCCCAGCACCAUCAAUGCGGCGAAUUAUGUGCUCUUCCUGUCGCUACAAAAGGUGCAACAGUUGGGACAUCCAGAGGCUACCAAUGUCUACACGGAACAACUGUUGGAGCUGCAUCGUGGUCAGGGCAUGGAGAUUUAUUGGCGCGAUAACUUCACUUGUCCAUCCGAAUCGGAUUACAAGCUAAUGACCAUACGCAAAACGGGUGGUCUAUUCAUGCUUGCCAUACGUUUGAUGCAACUGUUCAGCGAGAAUAAGGAGGACUUCACCAAGCUGACCGCCAUACUGGGCYUGUAUUUUCAGAUACGCGAUGACUAUUGCAAUCUCAGCUUGAAGGAGUAUACACAAAAUAAAAGCUUCGCUGAGGACUUGACCGAGGGGAAAUUCGGUUUUCCCGUUAUACAUGCUGUACGYUCGCAGAAACAUGAUAAGCAGGUUUUGCAUAUUCUGCGUCAACGCACUCAGGACAUAGAGGUUAAGAAAUACUGCAUUGGUUUGCUCGAGAAGUUGGGUAGCUUUCAAUAUACGCGUGAAGUAUUGGAAUCGCUCGACACGGAAGCGAGAGCCGAGGUCGCACGUCUGGGCAGCAAUCCCUACAUGGACAUGUUGCUGAACAAGUUGUUGUCUUGGAAAUCCAAUGAGAAUCACACCAAUCACAAUGAUUUGCCAUCGCCGAGCAAUCACAACAGCAAUUAACAACCAAAGAGGCAAAAGAGGGAAACCUGAAUUAACGCAACGGUUAAUUCCACGCCCCCUUUUGCUGCUAAGAGUGAAAUGAAUCUGAUCGAAGUUUUUUUGCAAAAACUUAAUAUUUUUUAAACUAUUCAACAAGCGCCUAUUAAAWCCUAGAUUAAAUCUUAAUUUAACAUUAUCAUAUUUACACCAACAAACACACGGAAAGCAAAAACGUGGAGUAGUAGCAUGCGAUCCACAACUUCUGRUACACUCAAGCGCCUAAAAUAGAUUUGUAAACCAAAAUAGUUAUAUACAUACAAACAGAGUUGCAUUCUCGAACUAACAAAACUUGCCGCACGGGCCAUGUAAAUACUAAUAUAGAAAAUAAGCGGGCUUCAAAAAAUGUAUUGUUGUUCGACAUUAUGUAUUUCGAUUUUUUGAAUAAUUUUUGAAAUAACGGCAUUUUGUGAAUUCGGAUAUAUUUUGUAUAAUUUUAAGUAGUAAUUUUUUUUUUGUAUUUUUGUUAUUAUAUUGUGUAGUAGUAUUAAGUUUUGAGUCCAUUUACAUAAAACACUUAUUUUGCGCUGUUUCUGAGGAAAAGUUUGUGAGCAAAAUUUGAAUAUGCAAUUUGUUAAGGCAUUUCGAUUCUACAUAACAUACACAUAUAUUGUUGUAAUGCGUGUUACAUUUUUAAUAAUACUUGUUGAAACCAUAUUGAUUGUAAGCAAAAUAAUUCCAAUUCUCUUUAAGUACUCGCGU